UUCGCUCCACUUCACUGGUUGCACGAACUUCGCACGCAGUCACUCACUCCAUCAGUUUCCCGCGGCAGCUACUUCUACUUCGCCCAACCAACCACGCUUCCUUCGGAGGGGGGUCUUUCCUGCCGAUCGCACUUCAAAAGCUAGAUCCGUUCCCGCCAAAGUCCUGCACAGCUUUCUUCAGCCUCACAACCCCUCGACGUCUUGUCUUACAUCUAUCGGUGUCUAGAGCAACUCUUGCUCGCCCAGUUUAGAUCUCGCGCUUAGCUUAGUUGUUCGCUGGCUCAGGACUCCAAGGUUUAGGUGUCUGCGACCUUGAGAAUGACGGGAACAGGCGUGUUCUCGUUAGGCAUCCUGAAGUCGCCAGGCGUUCAACCGCCAGGCGUGCCGCAGUCGCCUCCUCUGGCAGAGAAGAAGCAGAAAACUCUCCCUCCCGCAGAGUCGCUUCCCAGGCACGAGAUCUUAGGAGGUUACAUCUUCGUCUGCAACAACGACACAAUGCAGGAAGACCUGAAACGCCAAUUGUUCGGCCUUCCGCAAAGGUACCGCGACUCGGUUCGCUCUAUCCAACCGGGCUUACCUCUAUUCCUCUACAACUACACGACGCAUCAACUCCACGGGGUCUUCGAAGCCGCGAGCUUCGGAGGAUCCAACAUCGAUCCGACGGCGUGGGAGGACAAGAAGGUGAAGGGCGAGUCGCGAUUCCCCGCGCAGGUUCGGAUCCGGAUCCGCAAGGCGUGCAGAGCGCUGGAGGAGGAAGAGUUCCGGCCCGUGCUGCAUCACUACGACGGCCCCAAGUUCCGCCUCAUGCUGUCCGUUCCCGAGACGCUCGCUCUUCUGGAUCUAUUUGAAGGUAACAACUUUCCGUUUCGAUACCCGAGCAGCAGCAGCUACCCUUGGUGUUUGAAGACCCCGUCCCCGCCGCCGCAGCAGCUGUUCAAACCCAAGCGAAUCAUGGCCGGAUAGUUCUUAACUCAAGAUCCGUGAUCACGCCGAUCCAUGAUUCUUUUCCGAUGGCGCCUUGGAGCAGCGUCCGUCGACACUAGCCUGUGGAUAGCUCCCGGAAUAACCCAGAAAAUCUGGUUUAUUUGAAUAUCAGCUGACGUGUUAGCUUUGGUGCCUCAACGGCUCAACCCUCCAAGGAGACCCCUGUCGCUGGGCCAUGCUUGGUCACAUGGAGGCUUCUGCAAAUGAAGCCGACCGACAGAGAGAGAGCCCAGGCGACCGAUGAUGAUCUGUAUCUUAUGUAGGCUCGGAGCGAGGAUCUCGUUGGACCUGCUAGCCACGGUCCAACUUCCCGCAGCCAGGCACGGUUGCUGUGCAAUCCUUUUUUUUGUGAUGGGCCUGCUUCCCCUUCAGCCAUCCGAUGAUGGUGGUAACUUCAGUAAGCAACAUCUCCACAAUAAUCUUGGAUUUGUUCGUGACAUCCGUCUAACAGUAGCUUUCUACUCAAGGCA